GAGCCGGAGCCGGAGCGGAGCCGGUGCCGGUGCCGGGGCGGUUCAUUGCGGCGCGGCGCGGCGGCAGCAUGGCCACCACCGUGCCCUGCACCCGCUUCACCGACGAGUACCAGCUCUACGAGGAGAUCGGCAAGGGGGCUUUCUCGGUGGUCCGGCGCUGCGUCAAGCUCUGCACCGGCCAUGAGUACGCCGCCAAGAUCAUCAACACCAAAAAGCUCUCGGCCAGAGACCACCAGAAGCUGGAGCGGGAGGCCCGGAUCUGCCGGCUGCUGAAGCACUCCAACAUCGUGCGGCUCCACGACAGCAUCUCGGAGGAAGGCUUCCACUACCUCGUCUUUGACCUGGUGACCGGUGGGGAGCUCUUCGAGGACAUCGUGGCACGGGAGUACUACAGCGAGGCCGAUGCCAGCCACUGCAUCCAGCAGAUCCUGGAGGCUGUGCUCCACUGUCACCAGAUGGGGGUGGUCCACAGGGACCUCAAGCCAGAGAACCUGCUCCUGGCCAGCAAGUGCAAAGGGGCAGCAGUGAAGCUGGCAGACUUCGGCCUUGCCAUCGAGGUGCAGGGGGAUCAGCAGGCCUGGUUCGGCUUUGCGGGCACGCCUGGCUACCUCUCCCCUGAAGUCCUGCGCAAAGAGGCCUAUGGCAAACCCGUGGACAUCUGGGCAUGUGGUGUCAUCCUCUACAUCCUGCUGGUGGGGUACCCCCCGUUCUGGGAUGAGGACCAGCACAAACUCUACCAACAGAUCAAGGCCGGUGCCUACGACUUUCCCUCCCCCGAGUGGGACACGGUGACCCCCGAAGCCAAGAACCUCAUCAACCAGAUGCUGACCAUCAACCCUGCCAAGCGCAUCACAGCCCACGAAGCCCUCAAGCACCCCUGGGUCUGCCAACGCUCCACCGUGGCCUCCAUGAUGCACAGGCAGGAGACCGUCGAGUGUCUGAAAAAGUUCAAUGCCAGGAGGAAGCUCAAGGGAGCCAUCCUCACCACCAUGCUGGCCACCAGGAACUUCUCAGUGGGCAGACAGACCACAGCUCCUCCGACCAUGUCGGCGGCCGCCGCCGGGGCCCCCCUGGGGCUGGUGGAACAAGCAGCUAAGAGCUUACUGAACAAGAAGGCUGACGGCGUGAAGCCCCAGACCAACAGCACCAAAGGCAGCGCCGGCGUCACCAGCCCCAAGGGGACCCUCCCACCCGCCGCCCUGGAGCCUCAAACUACAGUAAUUCAUAACCCCGCGGACGGCGUCAAGGAGUCGUCCGACAGCACCAACACCACCAUCGAGGACGAGGACACCAAAGCCCGCAAGCAGGAGAUCAUCAAAAUCACAGAGCAGCUGAUCGAGGCUGUCAACAACGGCGACUUCGAGGCCUAUGCGAAGAUCUGCGACCCAGGGCUCACCUCCUUCGAGCCCGAGGCCCUGGGCAACCUGGUGGAGGGAAUGGACUUCCACCGCUUCUACUUCGAGAACUUGCUGUCCAAGAACAAUAAGCCGAUCCACACCACCAUCCUCAACCCCCACGUGCACGUCAUCGGGGAGGACGCAGCCUGCAUCGCCUACAUCCGCCUGACACAGUACAUCGACGCCCAGGGCCGGCCCCGCACCAGCCAGUCCGAGGAGACUCGCGUCUGGCACCGCCGCGACGGCAAGUGGCAGAACGUCCACUUCCACGGCUCGGGGGCCCCGGUCGCCCCCCUCCAGUGAAGAGCCUGGCGGUUGCUGUCCUGGUUCCAGCCCGACGGAGACGGCGAUGGGAGCCGAGCCGGCAGCCGGAGCUGCGGCCCCUCAGCACGCGUCCGCAUGCCUGUCCCCCCCCUCCGCCCCGGCCCCUCUCCUCCCCCUUCCAGUGCCUGUGUUUGCAGAAAACAAAAAGACAAAAAAAAAAGGCAAAAAAAA